GCACGCACACACUCCUUCACACAGACACACAAAGCAGGAAGUGAUCAGUUGGAGGUCCAUCUCCAAGCUCCACCCAUAUUGACACCAACCACAAGGUCGGCUGCCGCACCGGCCUGCACCGGUGCUAGCGCCAACACACACGGCCGGGAAGGAGGAGCCGGAGCUCCAGUCCAGUGCAUACGGGCUAGGUGAGCCAUGGAGGGAGCUCCCGUGACCGCAGCCACGGGGGUCUUGGGGCCCGUCGUAGCCAAGCUCGGUGCUUUGCUGGGCAGCGACUACAAGCUUCGGCGCCAGACUCGCAAGGAUGUCAAGUCCAUCAGAUCCAAGCUCGAGUCUGUGCACUCUAUCCUUUGGGCCAUAUGGGAGAAGGAGAUUCUUGAUGCCGAAUGCAAGGCGUUGAAGAAGGAAGCGCUAGAUCUCGCCGAUGAUAUGGAGGAUGCCAUCGACGACUUCAUCCUCACUAUGAAACGCAGCCGCAGAAGCAAGCGCUUGAUACAGAGCAAGAUCAAAGCCAGCUGCCCUUUCCAAGAUUUCAGGACAAGAGUAGAUGAAGUGUCAGGCAAGUGCCACACCAAGUGGAAGAACAAGUGUGCUGAUCCUAUCUCCAGCUUAUUUUCAAGAAGAAGUGCAAAAUCCAGUCCCCCCAGCAAGCCGCCUCCUCCUCCUCCUCCUCGAGCUCCAUUUGUCCGCAAGGAUGCAUCAGAGAUCUUUGGCAUGGAGGGAUGGAGGAAUGACCUCAUCACAUACCUGGUAGGAGGAGAAGAAGAGAGCACAACGGUGCAGCCGCAGCUCAAAAUGGCAUCCAUUGUUGGGAUGGCCGGUGUGGGGAAAACAACACUAGCCAGCCUUGUGUAUGAGCAUGAGGACAUUCAAAAUCAUUUCCAGUCCCGGGCUUUUGUGUCCGUCACUCUAGCUCCUAAUAUGAAGGAGGUUCUCACAAAAAUUCUCAACCAAGUAGGAGCCGAACCACUUGCUAGCAACGAAGCAGGGACAGAGGAAGGUCUUAUCCAUGCUAUAUCGAAUUUCCUAGAUGACAAAAGGUACCUAGUAAUAAUUGAUGACAUGUGGCAUCGUGGACAAUGGGAUAUCAUCAGUAAGUCAUUCCCACAAAAUAAUCUGGGCAGCAGAAUUGUCAUGACAAGUCGUAUUCAUUCUAUACCAAGAGAUGAUUUGGAUAAUAACAACUUCUACAUCAAAAUGAAUCCUAGAUGGGAUUUUUUAAAUGGAAGAUGGUUGUACCGGCCUGAUAGGUUCCCCUACACAACUGAUGAGGAAGAUAUCGCUGCUCGGAUGAAACCUGACAUGGUUGGAGAAGGUUUUGACUGUGACCAUCCUAUUGUGCGCAUGUGUGGUGGUGUCCCUUUGGCACUACUUUGCAUGUUUUCAGCAAUGACAAUGGUCCAACAGCAACAAGAACAACUAGGGGUACAUGUAAAUGCACGUGUUGUGCAAGAUAUGAUUGAGAAGCAAGUUAAGCAAAGUGGAAUUCAGAACACUCCAGGGUUUGAACCAUUGGUAGAGAGUUUGCAGCUUGGCUACGCCGAUCUUCCUCACCAUAUGAUGAAGACCUGCUUGUUGUACUGCAGUAUAUACCCUGAGAAUUAUAGUUUUCACAUGAAUGAUUUGGUCAUGCGAUGGGUCGCUGAAGGAUUUACUUAUAAAGAAGAUGCAGCAAAAGAUUAUCUUGAACAGCUUGGCAACAGGGGGUUGAUGCUGCGGGUAUAUGACGGGGCCUACCAAUUCCAAAUGAACCCGAUGAUGCGGAAUUUCCUUAGAUGGAAAUCGCGUGAAGACAAUUUCAUUGCUUGCAGUUCCGACAUCACAUUGGCAUAUGCAUCUGGAAUCCAUCGGCUGUGCAUCGAUGAUUAUCAUGUUGAUGACGGUGCGAUGGAGGGGGUGGAUUGGUCCCAGAUUCGAUCUCUUGUUGUUUUUCAAGGUGCUAAGAUAUAUGUCCCUUUUGAGAAGUUGGAACAUGUGCGAGUGUUGGAUCUUCAAUAUCAUCCUCAGGAUCUUGAAUUCAACAAGGUUAAUUUCAGUCUUUAUGAGGAUCUUGAAUUCGAGGCUCUUGGGAAAGAUUGUGUGAAGGAUAUAUGUGGACUGCUGCGUGUGAGGCACCUUUUUGGCCUAGAGGGGAAAGAGGUUAACGAGAUACCACCAGAAAUAGCGAGGCUGCGCUAUUUGGAGACUUUGCAGGUCAGGCGAACAUUGAUCAGAGAGCUUCCCAGUGAAAUUGGGGACCUACAGCAAUUGAAGACUCUAACCGUGAGUCGCAACCAAAAUCUGGUAGAGCUGCCCAGGGAGAUUGGGGACCUCGAGAAUUUGGAGACUCUGGUCCUGAUAUACAACCGCAGGCUCACAGAGGUACCUCGUGAGAUCGGGAAACUGCAAAAUUUGAAGCGACUGGACUUUACUGGUACAAUGUUACCAAAGGAAAUUUGGGGACUGAAGAAACUAGAACAAUUGGCAUUAUUUGAAGCGCCCAUCGGGGCAGUACACUGGGAAGCUAGUCAGCUUCCAAAAUUAAAGGGAGUGCCCGAGUCGGUCCGCCAAACUUGGAAGAAUGGUGAUCUUGUGUCCGAGUUAUCCGGGGAGAUCCUAUACAUUGAAUUGGCUACUUCGUUCGGUGACAGGGGUGGCAUAACUGUUGGCACAAAACACAUGCACAUUCCAUGGUGGAUCAAGGAUCACUUCAACGACCUUAGCUCCUUGGAUAUCAGGAUCUGCAAACUAGAGGAGCAGGAUCUCAAGAUUUUGCGGGGGAUGCCCAACCUGGAAUAUCUCACGCUAAGGUUUGAAGUCGUCCCAACAGAGCCCAUAGUCAUCAGCGGUGAAGGGUUUCCAAUGCUAAGGCUACUCACUGUUGACAGCCGCAAGCCACCGGUUAUGAGCUUCCAGGAAGGAGCGAUGCCGAUGCUGCAAAGUCUCUGCUUCGAGUUCCAGUUCUACGGUGGCCCACCAAAUAAAGACCCUCUGGGUAUCAAACACCUCCGCUUCCUCAACGAUGUCACCUUUAGUUGCAGCAAAUGGUAUGGAGGAGCAGCAGAGAGCAGCCCGUGCAUCAGCGCCAUGAUUAAAGUGGUGAGGAAAGAAGCCCAGGAGCAUCCCAACUGGAUGCGCUUUUUUGUCACUCGCCGCGAGGAAGAGGAAUUUCCAGCGAACGAGGAGAGCGCACAGGCUUCAAGCAGUGGGACGGCAGAGAUCAAGGAGGAGAUAUUUCAGGCGAAGGAGGUUUCCAGUAGUCAGGGGACGGGCGAGAUCAAGGGGGAGGAGGAGAUCCUGGAAGAAGCUGCGUGAUUGGGUUUCUUCUUUGUGGGUAUUGCUCACGAUUAGCGAGUCGUCUUAAUUUGCAGGUUGGUUAUUUCAUCAUUGUAAUGACUACCUGAAUCUAUCUGCGACCAUCUUCAACUGUAUAUGGCUAGCUAUUCUUCUCUUCAGGCUUGCGUCCUUGAAAAUCUUGUAUCCUCAAAGGUCGUAUACUGCUAGAUCCAGUUUAUUGUUUGCCCACAUUACUUAUCCAAGCUUCCAAGUUGAUUUGGCGUGAAGGCACCUGUAUCUGUAUCAAGGCCGGCGGGUGUUUCUUUUAUUCUUUUUUCAUUUCAGUAAGCAGCGGAGGUGCGUCUGUCUUGCACUGUGGAACACUUUGAAGGGCCCGGUAUUGUCAUGUAAUUUAAUUACUUCCUCCGUUCACUUUUGUAGGACAGCAUCUAGAACAGUUUAAUUUCACCUGCCUUAAACGACUUACAAAAAUGAACAGAGGAAGUAAUAGUAAUCCAAGGAGGGGGCCAACACUUUGCUGCUCUGUCUCUAGUGUAGGUUUUAUUAUGCACUUGUUACCAAAACUUUGUUGCUAUUAUGAAAUAAUAAUUGAUGUGACGGUCUGUUUGUAAUCAAAAA